CAUUAUUUUCUUACAUCUCAUUUGCCAGUUUUAGGAAUAUUUCAACUCUUUAACAAUUUUUGAAAAGUUAUAUGCCACUAUGGUUUAUGUGUGUAACUAUAGGGAAUUUGUAUGCUAAAAAAGAAACACUAUGGGUUCUUGUGGAUCAUCUCAUGUCAAGCCCAACAGGACAGGGAAAAAAAUAAUAAGAAAGCCAAAACCAUGGAAGCAUCCACAACCAAUAACAAGAAGUCAAUUGAUGCAACUGAAGGAAGAGUUUUGGGACACUGCUCCACACUAUGGUGGCAAGAAAGAAAUCUGGGAUGCGCUUCGGGCUGCUGCAGAAGCAGAUCUAGAACUAGCUCAAGCAAUUGUGGACAGUGCUGGAAUUAUUGCCCAAAACACUGACAUGACUAUUUGCUACGAUGAAUCAGGUACCAAAUAUGAACUACCAAAGUACGUUUUGAGUGAGCCAACAAAUAUGAUAAGAUUUGGUUGACAAAAUUACAUGAAGAAAUAGAAAUUCCUUUGGUGGAUAUGUUGUCUCUACACAUAACCCCUUUUUCAAGUUUAAAAAAGUGGCGAAGCUAUAAUUAUCCUUUUUUUUUUUUUUCAUUUAUCGUCCCAACAUUUGCUAGAAAAUAUUCACAAGGUAAGGUCUGUGUAUAAGUCUUUUCAGAUCUUACUUGUUGAAUUACACU